AGAGAGUCUUUGACCGCCGUCAAAUGCCAAAGUUUCUACAACUUUGUAGGUUAUGUAGUUUGAAUUCCGAAUUUUUUAAAGAGCCUUUCUCUCAAAAACUAGCCAAUUUAUCGAAGAGCGAUGGAGGAAUUUCAGGAAGGCACCCAGAAGAGAUGGAUUCACUUGCGGAAUAUACUGGAACGACCUGGUCCCUUUAGUCGCCCAGAAUACGUGCCUUCUCCAGAAAUUCUAGAAUUCCUCCUUACUUCAUGCAAAGUCCUAAUUAUUGGGGCUGGAGGACUGGGCUGCGAACUGCUGAAGGACCUGGCAAUGAUGGGUUUCAGGCAUUUGCAUAUAAUCGAUAUGGAUGUAAUAGAUUUAUCCAAUUUAAAUAGGCAGUUUUUGUUCAGGCAUAAGGACAUUGGUUUACCCAAAGCAGAAGUAGCGGCCAAAUAUGUGAAUGCAAGAGUCCAGGGAUGUCAAGUAGUGCCGCACUAUUGCCCCAUCCAGGACAGGAGUGAAGGAUUUUAUCAACAGUUCCAUGUUAUAGUUUGUGGCUUGGACUCAGUCCCAGCCAGGAGAUGGAUUAAUGGAAUGGUCGUUUCAUUACUCUGCUAUGAUGAAGACGGGGUUUUAGAUCAAAGCAGCGUUAUUCCUUUAGUGGACGGAGGAACAGAAGGCUUUAAGGGCAAUGCUCGCGUUAUUGUACCCGGUGUAACUGCUUGCAUCGAAUGUACCUUAGAUCUGUAUCCACCGCAAGUAACUUAUCCACUGUGUACAAUUGCAAACACUCCCAGACUACCUGAGCAUUGUAUAGAAUAUGUUAAAGUGGCACAGUGGCCUAAAGAUAAUCCAUUUGGAGUGGAUCUGGACGGAGACGAUGCCCAGCACUUAACAUGGGUCCAUGAAAAGGCCGUCGAAAGAGCCACCCAAUUUAAUAUUAAAGGAGUCACUUAUAGACUAGUUCAGGGAGUUGUAAAGAAUAUAAUACCAGCAGUCGCCUCAACCAAUGCAGUUAUUGCAGCUGUUUGUGCAACCGAAGUGUUUAAAAUUGCAUCAACCUCUCUCGUGCCAUUAAAUAACUUUAUGAUCUUCAAUGACAUAGAUGGGAUUUACACCUACAUUUAUGAGGCCGAACGUAAGGUGGAUUGCACGGUUUGCUCUAAUAUACCUCAGUUGGUAACUGUAGAAGAUCCUUCCAAGAUGAAACUGAAGGAUCUAGUUGAAUUGUUGCGUGAAAGUCCGAAGUUCCAAAUGAAAAGUCCGGGCCUUACUACCACUGUAAAUGGCACAAACAAGACUCUGUAUAUGUCAACAAUUGGGGCCAUUGAAAAAAUGACCAAAGGCAAUUUAACGAAAUCUCUGUUGGAGUUGGGGCUGAAAGAUGGGCAGGAACUUAUGGUUGCCGAUACUACCACUCCGAACGCCAUAAUUGUGAAACUGGCUUUUAAACAAAGUGAUACUGAAAUGAAAUAGACAUUAAGAGCCCUUUUGGUUCAUUGGAAUCGGCGGGAAGUAAACCAUUACUAUUUAUAAUCCCAGUUUAUUACGUUUUUAUUUUAGUUUUAUUCAUGUUUGGUGCGUGUUUUAUUAUCGCGGUAUUUUUGGAUCAAAAACUGGCUCACAAUGAGCAGAUACGAACAGACAUUCGCCAUAAUUCUGCUCAGGAUUUUAUGAUUGACUGAGAAGAAUCCUGCGGCAUUUAUACAGGGCUGUCUCUGGAAACUUUGCCGAUUCAGUACUCCCAAUUCUCGGAUGUAGCAGGUUUGGUUAUUGAAUUUCCUGCCUGAGGAAAAAUCAGCUUGCAAAGUGCAGCAGAUUAUGGAAGUUUUCUUUGUUUCAACCGACAGUUUUUCUGCUGUACAGGCCAAGAUAACUGCUUGGACCUGAAAUUGACCACCAAAAAAUGUUUAAGACUUCCUAGUGGUUCCCGAUGCUCACCAUUGAUCCAGCGAUCCCAAACAAUCCCAUGAAUAUUAAGAAUCCCAUGUUGCUUUUAAUGUCCAGCAUACCAUCGAUUUGGAAAUUGCCGAUUACUUGGAUAGAGAUGAGCAUCACACUGGCAUCCAGCCAGGUGAUCGUGAUCACCCAAAUCAGGAAGAACAUGAUAACUCCGAAUAUUUGAUUGCAUUCGUCUACUUUGUUGCACAAGAAGAUGUGGCAUUUCCGCAAAGUGACCAGUUUUUCGCACGCGCAAAAGCUGGGAUUAUCUGUGCCUUCGGCGAAGAUCUGCAACGCAAGUGCUUGAAGAGUUCUUGGGAUAUUUUCCGGGUUUUACCUCUGAUGGUCUGCCGUCGUCGUUAAUUGAGAACACUUGGUUUUGGGAUGUUCUAGUGAAAUAGUCGUUCAUCCCAAGCAGCAUCUGGUUCAAGUUCUCCAGGCGAUGGGUGAUCUCGUUGAUUACCAUCGAGAUUAUCAGCAACACUGCAUUGAGUUGACAUAAUUGUAUGAACCUACAUAAAAGAGAUUAACAUUAGCAGUGUUUCCGA